GAGGCAGGAAGAUGAGAGAAAAGAAAUCAGGAGGCAGGGCAGAGAUGAGAGACCCAGGAAUACAGGGAGAAAAGGGGGGUCUCCACAGGAUUUGGGGCUCCUGACUCACUGCCCCAGUGUGUGGUGCUGAGCGUGUUCUCAGGCUGCAGAACCGUAGGCAGUUUGAAAUAAAUCCGCCUGCCGUGCAGGAAUUACCCACUCGAGUCAAUAAAUGUCCCCGGACAACACAGCAGCCGAAGAGAAGGAAGUGAGAGCGAAGGCUGAUGACGCGUCCUGUAGCUGCGGAACGCCCACGCAGGAACAAGAGAGCGAGACGCGCUCUUGGAGAGCGAACAGUGUGCGAGAGAGGAGAGAAGGGCGGGUGAGUCAGUCCUUCUCCCCGCCAGACCAGAGGGACUCCCAGAGGAGUCCAGCCGUUCAGAAUCCCGGGACUUUCUGAGCCAUCAGACAAUUCUGCGAGCUCGUUGUCUUUCCCCCGUUUCCAGGAGUCGCGUUUAACUCUAAACGGGAGUCUGUUUUUCCAUUUGGAAUUGCCGGGGAGAACAGUUUUCAGGACUUUGGAGUACUGGCUGGAGCCUUCUGCUCUGAACACGAUGCCUGUUUUAUAAGGACGAUGGCGCACUGGGGCUUGAUACUGACAGUUCUCAGUGCUGUGGGACUGUGGCUGUGUGUGUCAGGCCAGGAUCUCCCAGCCCCGGUCAAAGUGGGCGUCGUUGCCGAGGAUGCCAGUCUGGAGGUCCACUGGAGCCCCCCUGAAGGACCCCCACAGCCCACCUACUACCAAGUCCAGUAUAAGAAGUAUUCCAAACAAAAUCCCAGCCCAGACUGGGUGCUGGUGGAGGAUUGUAACGGGACAGCUGUAACGCGGUGCGAUCUGUCUGACCUCAUCACAGAUCGCAAACAUAAAUAUCUGGCCCGGGUUCGACUGGUCACCGAGCACGGCACCUCCAACUGGACCGUGAAGCGGUUCUCUCCGUCAGACGGUAAGUCUGGCCUUUUUGGCACCGGCGCUGCAGUGGGUCAAACACAGGGGUUCUGACCCCACCCACUCACGCUUGGCCCGAACCCGUGUCUCGGCCGUGGCCUUGAGAUCGCACACGUCAAAACAGGGGUGGUGUCACAAGGCCUCUUAAGCACAGAGCUCUGAACCUGCUAUCCCAGGUGAACACUGGGAACCGGCAGCAAGAACCGCUGGAAUGUGUGAUAAAAUCUCUGUGCGCUGACCACGUCACACCCUCCAGGUUCUGACGUAAAAACCAUCUGCGCGUCAGAUUCUACGCAUGCUUUUAAAUGCCGCGUCAGAUUUGUGAGAUGUGAAGCAGGUGGAAAUUAGGCGGAAGCGCAUUUAGAACCGCUAACGCGAAGCACGUCUUUACACAAAGGGUGGUGGGAGUGUGGAACAAACCGCCCCGCCCGGUUAUGAAAGCCAAAAAAACAAAACAAGGCCGGAUGAGAUCAGGACAGGAGGCAUUACUUUACACAAAGGGCUGCAGGGGUGUGGAACAAGCUACCCACCCAUGUUGCUGAGGCUGGAGGCCGCUGGAAUUAGUAAUAAAAUCUAUCUGUGCGCUAAUCGCGUCACACCCUGCGGUUCUGAAUGUGUUGCCCUUUCAGGCUCUGGCUCUCCAGUUUUCUCCCUUCCCGUAUUAAC